CCGUCUGCCUGUCACCGCUUGCCUCUUUGUUCAAACUGAUCUUGCUUCUCUCCCUCAGCGUAGCUGUUGGCGCGGAGGGGGACGGUGCGAGCACCUUGCUGUGUGUGUGCAUGUGUGUGCGUCUACUCCGACCUGGCAGACAUCAAAUGUGUGAGGAUGAACCGCGCGUAGGCUGCUGCUCACUGACGAGAGGAUAACGUUAAAGAAGGAGCGCAAAGUCCGGUACGUGGAGCGCCUGUGCUCGCACCCAGCCUCUAUCUGCCUCCGCAAAGUGCUGUUUCACCCUUGUUUUGUCGUUUGCCGUCUGUGCACCCUCAGGGAGCUUUGGAGAUCACCUGCACUGAAGCGCAAGGCUUUCGCUCACAUUCCUGAGUGGGCUAUUGCACCAUUGAGACGCGACUAUCAUUUUGCCAGAAGAGGUCCAGGAUGGGACUCACUGUGUGUGCAGGUGGUCGACAGAUCCAAAUGGCUCUGAUGCUGCUGCUCUAUUUAGGUUCAGGUGCAGCCUCCUCCAUCGUGAACAUGCGUAGGAUCACCCAUCCUACAGUACAACAAACGCUGGCAGGCAAAGCCGUCCUCCCGUGUGUCUUCACCCUCCCGAUCAGCUCCUCCAGCCAGCCUCCCCACCUGCUGUGGACUCGUACCUGGCUACCAGCAGGAGGGCAGGGGGCUCCUAUGGAGCAGGUUGUGCUUUCUGCUAAAGGUGAUGUAAUCAAGGUGAAUAAGGCUUUCAGUGGCCGCGUCAUGCUGCCAGGGUACACUGCCAGUCCUUUGAAUGCUACCAUGGAGAUCUCCAGUCUCCGCACCAACGACUCAGGCACUUACCACUGUCAGGUUGUCAUGGAUAACGACUAUGAGAGAGACACUGUGCCCCUGGUGGUCUCUGGUGUGGUGUUUCAUUACCAGGCUCCCAGUGCUCGCUACGCCCUCUCGUUUACCGAUGCCCAGCGGGCCUGCCGGGAAAUGUCAGCUCAGAUGGCCACACCAGCCCAGCUGUGGGCAGCGUACUAUGACGGCAUGGCCAGCUGUGCAGCCGGCUGGUUGGAUGAUCAGACAGUCCGCUAUUCUGUCCAGUUGCCAGAGCUUGGUUGCUAUGGACACAAGGAGUACUCCGCUGGAGUGAGGAAUUAUGGGAAAAGGGACCAAAAAGAGCUGUUUGAUGUGUACUGUUUUGCAAAAGAACUGGAUGGUGAAGUCUUUCACUCUUCGGUCCCAGGCAGACUGUCUCUGUCCUCAGCUUCGAACCGCUGUGUGUCCCUCGGAGGUCAGCUGGCCACAGUGGGGCAGCUGUAUCUGGCCUGGAGGGCCGGCCUGCACAGCUGCGCCCCAGGCUGGUUGUCUGAUGGCAGUGUUCGCUACUCGGUGGCAUGGCCUCAUCCAGACUGUGGAGGGAACCAGCCUGGAGUUCACACCGUCAUGUCCAAUAGCUCUACUGACAACACCACAGCCCUAUAUGAUGCUUAUUGCUACAGAGGUAAAGUGAAGAAUUCAGGCUCCAUCUCUCAGAUCUUCACCUCCCUGUGGAAGCCCUGGAGCUACCUCACAGACUCAAGUGAUGCUGACUCUGCAGGGACAGACAAUCCCAACUUGACUACACAGCAAACCACCACUACCAGAGUUACAGAAUCCUCUGAUGGUAGUGAUGUUUCCUCUUCGAACUGGACGGCCCUGGUCGACUUGGAAGACGAGGCCUCCCUUUACAGAGCUGACGCUUCCUCAGACCCCUGGACCUCAGAGUCUUCAGGGUCAUUUGUGACCCUAAAGCUAGCCCCAGGGCAGAGGUUCUUAGACUGGGGAGAGCCAUUGGAGCCUGGCCCUGACUCAGAGGAAUUCCUUCGACCGCCAGCCCACCCUACUCCCACUGAAAAGAUGGUGCUCUCGAAGAUUGUCAAAUCCAUUUGGAAGCCUUGGAACUACCUGGCGGGGACCGGAGAUGAGGAAGGAACCCAAGCACCAAAUGGACCAUCAGGGGAAGAGGAGACGACCAUGAAUAAGACAGAUGAGGGCUCAGAUUCUUCCAGGACAUCAUCACCCGGUUUCUUUUCUUGGGGAAGUUCAUGGUUCAGUGGUCCCACAAGGGAAAACUCUACACCAGCCAGUGAAGAAUCACCCACUCGUCUGGCAACUACUUUGGCCGCCUCCACUAACUCAAUGACUACAGAGAGCAUCAAGCACUGGGAGAUUUCAGAGACGCACACAUCCACCGCCUCUAGCCCUGUGCCCGAAAUCACCUCAUCCAGUGGGGAAACCUGGAUCCGUGUUGAAACAGAGACCACAACCCACCCGGGCAGCAAGAGGGAAGAGACGGUGACCUCGAAAACCAGUGGUAGAGGAGGCAGAGGAAGGGGGAAGAAGAACAGGGGGGAAGACAGGAGCAGAGGAGAAGAAAAAGGGAAAGGAGAGGAUAAGGGGAGAGGUGAAGAUGAGGGCAGUGGAGAAAUCACCGGCGCAGAGGCAAAAGGGGAGAUACAAGUCUCACGUAGACCAGUUGGAACAAGUAAACCAAGAGAAAGAUCCAGAGAAAGAUCUAGAGAGAGAGGUCACAGGAAGGGACAGUCCACCACCACCACAGCUGCUACUACCACCACCAGUCCUCUGGAGCUCACAGUGAUGACAACAACUGGGUCAGAAAGUACUGACCCACCUACAUCUGAACCCCCGUCAACCUCACCAGAAGGAACCCCAUUGCCUUCAGUAUCUCCAGAUCCAUUCCAGUCCCCCUCCUCAUCUCCAUCUCCAUCUCCAUCACCAUCACCGUCUGUCACUACUUCCAUGUCUCCAUCUCCAUCCUUUUCUCAAGCAUCCCCAUCUCAAUCCCUGUUUGAAUCUCAUUCUUCUUCUCCUUCCUCGUCUCCACCAUCUUCCUCUUCCCCAUCUCCACUCACUUUCUUACCCUCAUCCAAUUCCCAGACUCCAUCUCUCUCACCCUCACCAGCUUCACCCACUUCCUAUUUCCUGUCUCAAACUGUUGGUUCAGGAGACCCAGCUCCAUCUCCUCACUCAGAUAACCAGGAAAGCUCCACUAACUCCAUGACAUCUCCUAACUGGGUCCCAGUGGAGAAAGCAGUUCUGAACAGCUCUCUGGAUUAUCCUCCAUUACUAUCAGGACCCCAAGAUGAGGAGGAGCCUGCUUGGUCUCACACGGUGGGCUCGGGGGCCUUGUUACCUGGCAACAUGGAGGAGGAGAGCAACAGAGAAGGAGUCAACAUCAGUUCCGUCACUCUCAGCCCAGCAGCUGAAGAGGACCCCUGCGUGACAAACCCGUGUCUGCAUGGAGGAAAGUACCUUCCUCAGGGAACAGGCUACAGCUGCUACUGCCCACAAGGAUACGCUGGGGAGAACUGUGAGAUUGAUGUAGAUGACUGCCAGUCAGAGCCAUGUGAAAAUGGAGGCACUUGCAUCGACAAGAUUGAUUCCUUCCUAUGCCUUUGCCUGCCCAGCUAUGGAGGAGACACUUGCGAGAAAGACAUAGAAGGAUGCGAACAUAGUUGGAGGAAGUUCCACGGCCACUGCUACAGGUACUUCACCCAUAGACACACCUGGGAGGAUGCAGAGAAAGACUGCAGAGAACACAGUGCCCAUCUCAGUAGUGUUGUCUCUGCUGCUGAACAGGAGUUUAUCAAUGGUCUGGGUCAUGACAACGCUUGGAUUGGACUGAAUGACCGCACAGUGGAGGAGGACUUUCAGUGGACUGAUGGCAGCGAUCUGGUAUAUGAGAACUGGAGGGAGAGCCAGCCAGAUAACUUCUUUGCAGGUGGGGAGGACUGUGUGGUGACCAUUGCCCAUGAGGAUGGCAAGUGGAACGAUGUGCCCUGCAACUACAACCUGCCCUACAUCUGCAAGAAAGGCACAGUGUUGUGUGGGACCCCGCCUGCAGUGGAGAACGCUCAUCUGAUUGGUCGGCGGAGGUCACACUAUGACAUCCAUGCCGUGGUACGCUACCAGUGCUCCCAGGGCUUCUUCCAGCGUCACAUUCCCACCGCCCGCUGCCGGGCCGACGGGAGCUGGGAGAGACCCAGGAUCAUCUGCACAAAGUCCCGGCGGUCACACCGGUAUCGACGCCACCACCACAAUCAGCACCAUGAGCGCCGCGGCCACAGGAGACAUGGAGGAGAGGGACACAAGGCCAGAGAGGGCGCACAUAGCUACUACUGAACCAAAUGAUACAACAUCUGCAAUGCCUGGGUGCUAACCAUGGCCCAUAAAUACAGACAGUAGUUCACAUCGCUCUUAUUUCUUUUCCCUGCUUAUAACCACGUUUAGCUUUAUUCCUCCUGAUGAAUAAGGUUUUCCUGAAUCUAACGUACAGUUUAUCUCCACAACCCCCUGUCCCUUGAGUUCAGGUGUUUUGAUGCUUCUGUUUGUUUUCGCCCUGCUUCCUUUAACCAAGGUCCGUGUGAACACUAAUUAUAACACUAACCCUAGUUAACUCCAUUGGUAAAUCCUCCACCUGUCUAUGAACUAAACCUUCUCUCGGGCUGUCAGGCUUACGACAGUGUGUGAGCGUGUGUGGACGUAUGCAUGUCAGACAGAAACUUAGAAAAGUGCUGACUCACUUUUUUUUAAUGGUUUGCUUGUUCCACAUGAAGAAUGACUCGCACCCUAGUAGUCUGUUUACAAAGCACAGAUGUAAUUGAUGCAAGACAGCAUUCAGUCCCUGGUAACCCUGAGCUUUUUGUAUGUGUAUCGUAGCUGUUAUUUUUUCCAUAGAGUAGCUGAAUAGCUGGUCUGUUUAAUUCGACUGACAUGCCUUUUUCUAAUAUUUGCUAUGUUUUGGUGUUAUGUUACUAUUUAUUAUGAAUCAUGAAUCAUUUGCUAGUUAAUAUGCUUUUUUUCCGUUUUUUUUUUUUUUUUUUUACUUAAGAGAGCCGAUGUAACAUAAUUUUUCUAUACCAGUAUAUAAGUCCAACUCAACCAUAAACAGAAUUAAUCAUUUGAUUGCCUCUAACCUCUGUGUUGUAAAUAUUGUGAUGUUUGUUAUUGGCUGAUUCUUGAUCAAUAGCUGGACCUUGUCCAAUCGAAUAGAUCCCCCCCUAACUCCGUCCUCAUAGGCAUUCUCAGCUAAAGAAUAUGUCCCAUUGACAUAUAGAUAGUGUGGAUGGAAUUAUACAAUAUUUUCUCAAGAUAACCUCUUGAUUGUAUCUGAAAUGCUAAAUACUUUCAAUCUUUGCACGGCUACAUUUUCAUGAUGGUUAGAAUGUCAAACUUUUUGUCUUCUGGUCCCUUUGAUAUUUGAUCGAUCAUCCACUUUUUUGGUGUUCUUAUGACUUUUUGUCCUGCUGUUGUAUUCCAUUCUUAAUAAAGUGAGAAAAUGAAC